AUGGAGUAUGGAGCAAACCCUAACAUACUGACUAAAGAUAUCACGCCUUUAAUGAUAGCUAGUCAAAAUUGUCAUCAUGAAAUUAUAGACCUGUUAUGGAAGUAUGGAGCUGAGGUCAAUUAUAUUGGACCUUCUGGACAUACAGCACUACACAUGGCUUCAUUGGAAAAGGAGAAUGAUUGGCGUACACUUGGUAUCUUUCUUGAUGUAGAAGAUUGUAUAUUGGAUGAAAUUGAACGUCUGUAUGAGUCCAAAGGAAUCAGAAGAUGUAAAGAGGAAUUAUUCAAAGUUUUGAAACGCAGAGAAGAAUACCCCACAUGGGAGAAGAUUGCUGAGGCUUUAGACAGCGCUGUUGAGGUUGGUUCAGUUGAUGCAGUUAAUCUUCUACUAUCAGUAGCUGACAUUAAUAUUAAUGACCAAGCCUAUACCCAUGAUCAAGCUACAGCAGUUUUUAUUGCAUGUAUGAAUGGCCACUUAGCAGUUACAUCUUCACUCCUCCAGUAUGGAGCCAAUCUUAACAUAAAGAGGAAGGAUGGUAUCACACCUCUUAUGAUGGCAUGUUUCAAUGGACAUCUUGAAGUAGUAGAGUGUUUGUUAAAGGCUGAUGUUGAGUUACAUGCUCAAAUGGAAAGUGGUGCUACAGCAGUAUAUUGUGCUAGUCAAAAUGGAAACACUGCAAUUGUUUCUGCUCUCCUACAGCAUGGAGCAAACCCUAACAUACCUACAAAGGAUGGUAGCACACCUCUUAUGAUAGCAAGUUUCAAUGGACAUCUUGAAGUAGUGGAAUGUUUGUUAAAAGCUGGUAUUGACUUAAAUGCUCAAAUGGAAAGUGGCGCAACAGCAGUUUACUGUGUUAGUCAAAAUGGACACACUGGAAUUGUUUCUGCUCUCCUACAGCAUGGAGCAAACCCUAACAUAUCUACAAAGGAUGGUAGCACACCUCUUAUGAUAGCAAGUUUCAAUGGACAUCUUGAAAUAGUGGAGUAUUUGUUAGAAACUGAUGUUGACUUAAGUGCUCAAAUGGAAAGUGACACAACAGCAGUAUAUUGUGCUAGUGAGAAUGGACAUACCACAAUCAUAUCUGCUCUCCUCCAGUAUGGAGCAAAUCCUAACAUACCUAUGAAGGAUGGUAGCACACCUCUUAUGAUAGCAAGUUUCAAUGGACAUGUUAAAGUAGUGGAGUGUUUAUUAGAAGCUAGUGUUGACUUAGAUAGUCAACUGGAAAGUGGCGCAACAGCAGUAUAUUGUGCUAGUGAGAAUGGACAUACCACAAUCAUAUCUGUUCUCCUCCAGUAUGGAGCAAAUCCUAACAUACCUAUGAAGGAUGGUAGCACACCUCUUAUGAUAGCAAGUUUCGUGGGUCAUCUUGAAGUAGUGGAGUGUUUGUUGAAAGCUGGUGUUGACUUAGAUACUCAAAUGAAAAGUGGCUCAACAGCAGUAUAUUGUGCUAGUCUGAACGGACACAUAGCAAUUGUCUCUGCUCUCCUCCAAUAUGGAGCAAACCCUAACAUACUUACGAUGAUUGGUAGCACACCUCUUAUGAUUGCAAGUUUCAAUGGACAUGUUAAAGUAGUGGAGUGUUUGUUAGAAGCUGGUGUUGACUUAGAUACUCAAGUGGAAAGUGGUGCAACAGCAGUAUAUUGUGCUAGUGAGAAUGGACAUGUUGCAAUCAUUUCUGCUCUUCUCCAGUAUGGAGCAAACCCUAACAUACCUACAAAGGAUGGUGUCACACCUCUAAUGAUAGCAAGUUUCAAUGGACAUCUUGAAGUAGUGGAGUGUUUGUUAAAAGCUGGUGUUGACUUAGAUGCUCAAAUGGAAAGUGGCGCGAAACAGCAGUAUUAUAUUGUGCUAGUCAGAAUGGACACACAGCAAUUGUCUCUGCUCUCCUCCAGUAUGGAGCAAACCCUAACAUACCUACGAAGGAUGGCAGUACACCUCUCAUGA